AUGACAGAAAAAAAAGGGGAAUCAUUAUAAGAAUAAAUGAAAAACCUUUAAGGAGAAAUUAAUAAGCUUCAUUCUGAAAUUGAUUCAAAGAAGAGAGAAAUUACAAAAUUGAAAAAUGACAAUACUUUAAGAUUAGAAAAAAUAAAUUGGAUUUAAGUACAUAUAUCAAAUAUUUAGAUAGGAAAAAGUGAGGAAGAUGUAAAGAGAAAAAAAAGUGUUAGAAUUAAAUGAUUAAACUUUAAGUCUAGGACAUGCUACUUCUAAACAUUCAACUACAACUAAAGAAAUUUAACCUCAAACUGAAAUAUAAAAACCACCAUAAUAAGAGAUAUAAUUAGAGAAAAUGUAGAUGCUAGAAUUUUUUAAUCAGUAUUUGGAUUAAACAAAUAAAUAAAUGGUUAAGUUUUAAGGAAAUAGAAAUAAAAAUGGGGAAAGGGAUGAAUAUAUUAAUCCUUAUCCUAUUAUUAAUAUUAAAUAUACUAUUGAAGGUAUAGAAUAAGGUGAAAGUUCAUCAUUUCGUUUAGAUUAAGCAACAACAUUUUAAAAUUUAAAAGAAUUAGCAUUUUAUUAUUGGAAUUUAGCUCCAUAUUUAAGAAAAUUUGAUGAAAAAGAUAGUGAAAUUAUGGAUGAAUUAGAAUUAACAGAUGAAAAUCAUGCAAAAAUUGAAUUAAAAGAAAAAGUCAUUGAGUUUUUUACUAAUAGAGGUAUAUCAAAUAUUUCUUAGAUUACAUUAUUACUUUAAAAGAAGAAAACUGUAAGACCAGCAUUGAAUAGUUUAUAAAUAGAGAGUAUAAGAAUUAAUGGUGGAAAUAAAACAGCUAGUUAUUAAGGAUCAUUUGCUGUUCAUAAAAAUAGAAUUAAAGCUAUUGAUACAUAUAAUUUAUUUUUUGAAAAGUUUCCAGGUUUAAAAUAUUACAUUAGCGAAUUAUAAAUUUAAAAAGAGUUUUAAGAAUAAUAAAGAUAAUUAGAAAAAGGUAAUAUUGAAAAACCAAAAGAACAAAAUUUUGAUUUAGAUGAUAUGAAUUGUCUUAUAAUAAGUUCUAUUAUAGUCAUUUUAGUAUUAACUUUACUUAGCUACAAUGCUUAUUUAAGUCCUAAAUUUGUUAAUUUAAAUUUUACAUUCAUUAAUAAUUUAAUUGGAAUCACUUCUAAUGGAGAAUACAACAAAAUAACCUCAAUCCCUGAAUUUUAUUAUUAUAUGGAAAACUUUUUGGGAGCAACAAUGUAUAAUUCUGAUAAAGGAGAUAAUCCUUUUCGUUCUAAUUAUGAGAUAAUAGGAGGUAUCUAAUUGAGAACUCUUAGAAGUGAUUUAUAUGAAUGCGAAAAAUAUGUUAAUGAAUUACAAAGAUUUAGUUGUUUUGAUAUUAUCUAUGAUUCAUCUAAGGCAAAUAAAUCUAAAUUCUUAAAUUAUACAUAUAAAACAGCAGAAGAAUUAGGAAUCAAGUAUUUCCCUAAAGGUAAUUUAACUACAUAUACUGAUGGUGGUUAUAUGGUUGAAUUUAAUAGAGAUAUUUCAACUGAAGCAUUUUUAGAGAAGAUUAAUGAUUUGAGAAAAGAAUAAUUUUUAGAUGCAGCUACUGCUGUAAUUUUUAUUCAUUUUGUGAUUUAUAAUCCUAGUAUUAAUUUAUGGAUAUAAGCAAAUUUUUUAUUAGAAAGAAAUGCUUAAAAUAAAUUAACACCUUAUAGAGCAGAAUUAACAGGAUUUAUACCAAAUAUAUAUUAUGGAGAUGAUGGUUAACGUUUAUUUUAAAUUGAUAUAACAAAAUUGAUAAUGGCUAGUAUUUUAUUAGCUUUUGUUGCAUAUAGAUUUUAUAAGAUUAAAAUUAAUACUGGUAAAUUAGGACCUGCAUUUUUAUAUAUAACUAUGGAAAUAGGAUUUUUUAAUUGUGGAGUUGGAAUUUUAACAAUUAUUUCUGUUGCUAUGUCAUUAUAAUAAUCACUGUAAGGAAGAGAUCCUUAAGAACUAGUUAAUUCUGAACAAUUUGUGGUAAAUUAUUUUUAAGUAUUUAAAUAGCAUUUAGAAUUAGAAGCAGAUUUAUAUAAAAAGGCAGAAUUAUUUUUAACAAUUAGUAUUAUGUUUUUGUUUUUAAGAUUAUCUUAUAUAUUAAAAUUGAAUGAUAGAGUUGCAAUUAUCUUUUUAACAUAUAGUAAAAGUUUUAAAGAAUUACUACCUUUUUUAGCUAUUGAAUUUCCUUUAUUUUUAGGAUUUGUAAUGGUCUUUUAAAUUAUUUAUGGAAAUGUAUUUCCUCAAUAUUCAUCAUUUACUUUAGCAAUUGCUAGUUAAUUAACUAUGGUAUAUUUAUUUAUUAUAUAAUCUUAGAUAUAAGGGUAAUUAAAUAUUACUUAAUUUGUAAAUUAUUCUCCAAUAGUUUCAAUGAUUGUAAUUCUAUUUUACUAUUUCUUUAUGUUAUUCUUCAUUAUUUCAUUAUUUUAAGCAAUUUUGAUUGAAUGUUUUAGAAUUGUUAUAAUGAAAAAUGGAUAUCCAUAAGAUAAAGAUUAAGGAUUAUCAAUUGGAGAUUUAUUUAGUUGGAUGUUUUCAUGGACACAAUUAUUUAUUAGUAAAAAGAAUACUACAGAAGAAAAAUAACAAGCUUAGUAGUAAAAUAAACCUCCUGUAGAUUAAGAAGAAAAAUAGGGAAUAAAUUCUGCAACAGAAAAUUGA